AAUUUUAGAGUUCCAGAAAUCUAGUUUUUAUCUUCUAUAUAUGCUGCGUCAUUUAUCUUGUGUGUAUGAUUUUAAAUUGAUUGAUUUGCAGGUGUCGUAUUGUGCUUGUUGUGGUAGAGGAGUAAGAAGGGAUAAUGAUUUCUAUUCAGAAAUGGAAAUGUUCAUGGUCUUUGAUAGCAACAAUUGUGUCUGUAGGGGCACUAGUUUCGGCAGCUCCUCUGUUCUUGUUUCCUGUGCUGCCUUUUUUAGAUUGCUUCAAUGUACGGAAUUCUAGUGUCCCGAUUAAUGGAACAGUGGAUGAAAGGAAUCAUCAUCAUGUCUUGGAAAAUUUCAAAUCGGUUCUAGAUUUAGAGCCUAGGUUUCCAGUUGACUUGCAUGGGGUAGUGGUUCAUUGGAAUGCUCCAUGGAAGGCUGAGAUUGGGCGAUGGCUUUCUGUCUGGGAUUCAGCUACUAAGGAUGUCACUGUUGUUGAGUCGAGGGAAAUGCUUAUUCUCUCUAGGUGGAAGAACUUGGUGAAAUUCGAUCGACUCAUGAGGCUAGAUUUGGAUCUUGACAUGCUCUUUCUUAGUUCUGAGACAGCUUAAGUUGAUGUCAAAUCCAGUUUCAGUCUGGUAGGUGUUAUUGUCAACUGUUUUGUUUGCAGACAAUAAGGGGCAGGAGCUGCAAAAUUAACUGUAGUGGUCAAGGAGUCUGUAACUCUGAACUUGGUCAAUGUCGGUGUUUUCACGGAUUUAGAGGUGAGCUAUUUUUCUAUCUUAUUGUAAUCUACAUCAAUUUUAGUGAAAUAUUUUAAAUAAAUAGCAGAAACUAGCACAGGUUGACAUCUGCCUUUGAUUAUCCCUGUUAUAAGAGCCAUUAGCUUGUUCAUUCGAUGAACAUGGAAGUUGAAACUGCGGGACUGGAAAAGUCUGAUGGCUAAUUGGAAAAGUCAGGUGAUUAGAUUUGGCAUUGCCAACAGUGGAUGGUUUCCAGGGUCGAGAGAAGGAAGCCAUCAUUAUUUCAAUGGUUCGAUCGAACUCGAGGAAAGAGGUACUUUAAGCCUCUGCAGUUCAUCUUUUUGUUUCCUUUUAGAUUUGAGAUGAAGAAGAUUAGUUAUAGAGAUUUUAGCAGUUGAAACUUGGGAACCUUUUCAAAACAUUUCAGGUGGGGUUUUUGAGUGACCACAGGCGAAUGAAUGUGGCUGUGACACGGGCAAGAAGACAGUGUUGUCUUGUAUGUGACACAGAGACAGUGAGUGGUAAUGGGUUCUUAAAGCGAUUAAUUGAUCAUUUUGAGGAGCACGGGGAGUAUCUAAGUGCAUCAGAGCACCUCAAUGAAUAAGCAAAGGUUGCUAGUGAAGAGGGCUGUUUUAGACUGUCACAGAUUAUCAUAUCGUUUCCUGGAAGAUGUAACUUGGAAAGUAUUCUCACCAUCUGACAGUUGAUUGGAGAAGAUUUUACCCGUUUUUAUUCAUCUAAUUGGCCAGAAACGAUUAUGCUUUGUAUUUUUUACCAGGAUUUUGAAAUAGAUUAUCAAAAUCUAGUCUA